AAGUUUAUAAUUAGUAGGUCAAAACUAUUAUAAAACCCUGAAACCAAUCGGAACCCCGAACUUUUCCGGCGAGCGUUAACUCUUUCAGAUUGGCCGCUUAAACCGCAGCCAUGGACACCGGAAAGAACAUGAAGAAAUCAUCAUCAUCAUCGAGUAGAAUAUCUCUGGAACAAUUUGUCUCCAAAAUGACCCCUCUUAUCGACAUGGAAAAGGAAGCUGAGAUAUCUGCAUCAAUGAGCUCUGGUGCUAAUAGAAAGUUGGAGUCUGCUUCGAAGAAAGGAUCCACCAUGCUUAAUUUGAAGUGUGUAGAUGUUCAGACUGGAUUGAUGGGCAAAACUCUUCUUGAACUUCAAUCAAAUAAAGGGGAUGUUCUUCCAGCUCACAAGUUUGGGACUCAUGACGUUGUUGUUCUUAAACCGAACAAGGCUGAUUUAGGCUCCUCUGCACUUGGGCAAGGGGUUGUUUAUCGAUUAAAGGAUUCAUCAAUCACAAUUGCUUUUGAUGAUAUUCCAGAAGAAGGUUUAAAUAGUCCUUUACGCAUUGAGAAAGUGGCUAAUGAGGUGACAUACAGAAGGAUGAAGGACACGUUAAUACAACUAAGUAAAGGUAUUCGAACGGGUCCCGCUGCAGAUUUAGUUCCCGUCUUAUUUGGAGAGCGAUCUCCAACAGUAGCGAAAAAAGACGUCUCUUUUACUCCGUUCAAUAAAAAUCUUGAUCACUCUCAGAAAGAUGCAGUUAAAAAAGCUCUAUCAUCAAAAGACGUGUUUUUGCUGCACGGGCCUCCUGGGACCGGAAAGACGACAACGGUUGUGGAAAUUAUUCUACAGGAAGUGAAACGGGGAUCAAAGAUUCUUGCUUGUGCUGCUUCUAACAUCGCUGUUGACAAUAUUGUUGAACGACUUGUUCCUCACAGAGUGAAGUUGGUGAGAGUGGGACAUCCUGCACGAUUACUACCCCAAGUAUUAGAAAGUGCUCUUGAUGCACAGGUGUUACGUGGGGAUAACAGUUCUCUUGCAAAUGACAUCCGGAAAGAGAUGAAGGCGCUAAAUAGUAAAUUGUUGAAGGCGAAAGACAGAAACACAAAGAGGGACAUACGGAAGGAGCUCAAGAUGCUUUCUAAAGAAGAACGCAAGAGACAACAACUGGCUGUGACAGAUGUUAUAAAAAACGCAGAUGUCGUUUUAACAACUCUCACGGGUUCGUUGUCGAAAAAAUUAGAUGGCACUUCAUUUGAUCUUGUGAUAAUUGAUGAAGCGGCUCAAGCACUCGAGGUAGCUUGCUGGAUUGCUUUACUGAAGGGUUCUAGAUGCAUUCUCUCUGGUGACCAUCUUCAACUUCCUCCAACUAUCCAAAGUGUCGAAGCCGAGAAAAAAGGUUUGGGAAAAACACUAUUCGAGCGCCUUGCAGACUUGUACGGAGAUGAUGUCGUAUCUAUGCUCACCGUCCAGUACCGCAUGCAUGAACAUAUUAUGAACUGGUCAUCAAAUGAGCUUUACAACAGUAAGAUUGAAGCACAUGCAAGUGUUGCUGGACACACACUACAUGAACUUGAGGAUGUACAGAAGUCUUCUUCAGCCGAACCUACGCUUCUUCUCGUAGACAUAGCAGGUUGUGACAUGGACGAAAAGAAGGAUGAAGAAGAAAGCACGUUAAACGAAGGGGAAGCUGAUAUUGCUAUAGCCCAUGCAAAAAGACUCAUUCAAAGUGGAGUUCGUGCUUCUGAUAUCGGGAUCAUUACCCCUUAUGCCGCACAGGUUGUUUUAUUAAGAAUGCUGAGAACGAAGGAUGACAAGUUAAAAGAAUUGGAAAUCUCAACUGUGGAUGGCUUUCAGGGCAGGGAAAAAGAAGCCAUUAUUAUAUCUAUGGUUAGGUCAAACUCAAAGAAAGAGGUGGGGUUCUUAAGUGAUCGUAGGCGUAUGAAUGUUGCUGUGACACGGGCAAGGAGACAGUGUUGUCUGAUAUGCGACACAGAGACUGUGAGCAGCGACAAGUUUUUGAAACGGCUGAUUGAAUAUUUUGAGGAACAUGGUGAGUAUCUGAGCGGUUCAGAGUACGGAAACGAAUAAGUUGUUUUGAUUUAUUGGCAUUGCUAUGACCAUAUUAAAAAGAAUAAGAAAACAUUUGUUAUAUAGUAAUCAGCAUUCAAGGGCUUGAACAUGUGACUCGAUGUAGUUCAUGUGUUUCACUGGCAAAAGCAUGUAGAUGAACCAA